AACUCAAAGGAGGCUAGUCGCUAGGGAGAGGAAGCCGGGCGUUGCUACGUGACGUCAUUACCCGGCGCCCACAGCGACGUUUCCGGCCGGGCUGUGGGCCGCCCUCUGCGGAAUGGGGUCGUGGCAGCGCUGGCUGCGUGUUGGCGGGCUGUCGCUCCGGGGUGGCGGGGCCUGCGUCCCGCUCGGGGGCAGCCGCUCGGUUUGCGGGCGCCAGUUAUCUGGCGCUGAAAAUGAGACCCUAGAACAGAGAAGAACACAAAUCAUGUCCCGCGGACUUCCAAAGCAGAAACCAAUAGAAGGUGUUAAACAAGUAAUAGUUGUGGCUUCUGGAAAGGGUGGAGUUGGAAAGUCUACAACAGCAGUUAACCUUGCACUUGCUCUAUCAGCGAAUGAUUCGUCAAAGGAGAUUGGUUUGUUAGAUGUUGAUGUAUAUGGCCCAUCAAUUCCAAAGAUGAUGAAUCUGAAAGGAAAUCCAGAAUUAUCACAGAACAACCUAAUGAAGCCUCUUUUGAAUUAUGGUAUUGCUUGUAUGUCUAUGGGCUUCCUGGUUGAAGAGACUGCACCAGUUGUUUGGAGAGGCCUUAUGGUGAUGUCAGCCGUUGAAAAACUGUUGAGGCAGGUAGAUUGGGGUCACCUGGACUAUUUAGUUGUUGACAUGCCACCAGGAACUGGAGAUGUGCAGUUAUCAGUCUCACAGAACAUUCCCAUUUCAGGUGCUGUGAUUGUCUCCACGCCCCAGGACAUCGCACUGAUGGAUGCACGCAAGGGUGCUGAGAUGUUUCGAAAAGUUCACGUGCCCGUUCUUGGCCUUGUUCAAAAUAUGAGUGUUUUCCAGUGCCCAAAAUGUAAACACAAGACUCAUAUUUUUGGUGCUGAUGGUGCAAGGAAACUAGCACAGAUCCUUGGUCUUGAUAUUCUAGGAGACAUUCCUUUACAUCUUAAUAUAAGGGAAGCUUCAGAUACAGGCCAGCCAAUUGUAUUCUCCCAGCCUGAAAGUGAUGAGGCCAGAGCUUACCUGCGGAUAGCUGCAGAAGUGGUCAGAAGAUUGCCACCGCCCCUGCAGUGACUCCCACAACUUACCUGCUGCAUGACCAGAAGGAGACCUUUAGGAACAGCAGUGUGAUGGUAAUUCCUACAGGAAUAAUAGCAAUCACAGAAAUAGUAGCAACCUUGUAUUUCCAAGGAAAUCAUGUCUUAUCUUCAGGUUUGAUUUGCCAAACAAUGACUCAGAUAAAUAAAGUUUUUGCAUUAUCAGUGCUAAAUAUUACAUUUAGGAAUUGUUUUGAAAGUUGAUGUGAACCAACUGCACAAAAGUGCAUUGUAUUGUAUUGAGCUACCCUUUGAAGAAUCAUGAGUUUAUAUUACAAGUCCAACAUUCAGUUCAGGAGAAAACUGCACUCUUUUUAAAGGAUUUGCUAAAUUUGUAUAAGGACACAAGUGUGACACCCUCCACCAGACAGUUUGGUAUGGGUUUGAAUCCUGCCUCUAAUACUCCGUUAAACAUAUUUUUAAUGUAGAUUAAAUCUCUAUUUCACCUGGACCUGAGCUUACCCUAGACUUAAUCUGAAUCUCCAGGGAUAGGGCCUGAACAUGUGGAUUUUAAAAAAUUUUUAUUUUAGUGUUGCUAGUAUUACAGAUGUUCCCAUCCCCCUUCUCCCAGGCCCUGGACAUGUGUAUUUUUAACAAGAUUCUAAUGAUUUUGAUGAAUCAUAUGAUGUUAAUAAUAGCAAUAAGAAUUAACAUGUAUCAAGUGUUUUCUUGUGUCUUUAUGUUAAUCUUCCUUUCAUAUGAGGGUGGGUAAUGUUGCUAUCUUCAUUUUACAGAUGAGAAAACUGAGGUAUAGGAAAGUUAAGUGUCUUCUCAAGGGUUACUAUUUUAGGAAAGCAUGGAUCUGAGAUUUAUACAUGGGCACUUGUAUUAAUGGAUCCCUCCUUUUUAAAAAGGUGCAUUUGUUUAUUUCAAAAGAGGAAUAUAGUAUGCAGCAUUUCCUCAAACUCACUUGACCAUGAAACUCCCUAUUCUCACACCCACCUUUUAGAAGGAGUUCAUUUUUUUAAAAUUCAUUU